AAAAAAAAUUUACGUUAAAAUUAAAAUACGGAUAAUUCGAAAAUUCAUUCUCCACCAUCUCUCUCUGUAAUGAGAAGGUGAGCUUGAGCUUCACUCAACUACCUCUAGUUCACUUCUCGUCAUCAUCCAUGGCGAAAACCCUAAUUUCAUCCCCACCGUUCAUCGGCACGUCUCUCCCGUCUCCUCGCCAUGGCUUCCUCCACUCACACCGCAGUAGACUAAGACUCGUCUCCACCAGAGUCAAGUUCAGCUUCCACGAAAACCUUCCUCCCAUCAAUUCCCUCGACUCUCAUAUCGAUUUCUCCGCUAUCCUCACCAGAACCGAAGGCCUUCUCUACACGCUCGCCGACGCCGCCGUUGCCACCGCCGAUUCCGCCGCGGACGCCGCCGUGCAGAAAAACAACGGCUGGUUCGGGUUCAUAUCCGACGCCAUGGAGGUCGUUCUCAAGGUAUUGAAGGAUGGACUAUCAGCUGUGCACGUGCCAUACGCGUACGGGUUUGCGAUAAUAUUACUUACAAUUAUUGUUAAAGUCGCCACAUAUCCAUUGACAAAGCAACAGGUUGAAUCGACACUAGCUAUGCAGAACCUUCAACCAAAGAUUAAAGCCAUUCAACAAAGAUAUGCCGGUAAUCAGGAAAGAAUUCAACUUGAGACAUCAAGGCUGUAUAAGCAGGCCGGGGUUAAUCCAUUAGCAGGUUGUUUCCCAACUUUGGCUACUAUUCCAGUCUGGAUAGGGUUAUAUCAAGCUCUAUCAAAUGUGGCAAAUGAGGGCCUGUUGACAGAAGGUUUCUUUUGGAUUCCCUCUCUGGGUGGCCCAACUUCAAUUGCUGCCCGACAAAGUGGAUCUGGCGUUUCUUGGCUUUUUCCAUUUGUGGAUGGCCAGCCACCUUUGGGCUGGCAUGACACUGCGGCAUACCUUGUUUUACCUGUCCUCCUUGUUGUUUCUCAAUAUGUCUCAAUGGAGCUCAUGAAGCCUCCCCAGACUGACGAUCCAACUCAAAAGAACACACUUCUUGUUUUCAAGUUUCUUCCACUCAUGAUUGGUUACUUCUCCUUGUCUGUGCCGUCAGGAUUAUCAAUUUACUGGUUCACAAACAAUGUGCUCAGCACAGCCCAACAAGUAUGGUUACGCAAAUUAGGUGGUGCAAAACCUGUUGUGAGUGAGAAUGCUAGUGGAAUCAUUACAGCAGGACGUGCAAAACGAUCAGCUUCUCAGACAGUACAGCCUGGUGAGAGGUUUAGGAAGUUGAAAGAAGAGGAAGAAAAGAAGACCAAGGCACUACCCACAGAAGAUGUUCAGACUCUGGUUUCCACAUCUGAUUCUGACGAUGAUCAAGAUGAAGAGACUAAGGACAAGGAUGAGGGCGCUCUAGAAGAAGCAUAUGCUUCUAGUGUUAGCAAAGACGUUCCAAAUUAUCCACGCCCAAGGAGAAGCAAGCGAUCAAAGCGGAAGCGUGCCUUAUAAAAUGACAGUAAACUGAUAUGUUUGUAGUUUAUGGUGAGUCCUGUAUAUCUUAACAAAUUGUAUUUUGGUUAAUAUAUAAUGGCCAUUUUUAUGUUGGCUCAUUCAUUUUGAAAAUAUAAUUCAACCCCUACAUUCAACAUGAA